AUACAAAUCCAAGCAAAGCAAAUAAAUCCAGCUGAUUUAGAUUAUUUAUUGAGACGGCCAUCAAUUAUUGGGAUUCAGGCUCCGUUUGAUUUUAUUUCAUCAGAUGCUUGGGGAGCUAUAAAGACACUUGUUUCGGUCGAUGAUGAAUACAC